AUGAGUGAGAGAGGUGGCAGCAGCGGUGGCGCCACCGCAAGGCUCCUCCAGGAAGUGGUGGAGGACGGUGGUGAUGAUUUAGAAAGGAAGAGUGAGAGACCAAAAGAGCCUUGGAAAGGAGAAUACGUAAAGAGCAUAGUGUUUGCAGGGCAUGAUGCCAUUAUCACAUGCUUUUCUCUCAUUUCCUCUAUCUCUGCUAGCAGUAGUUCCUCUGCAGAUGUGCUAGUUCUUGGGUUUGCAAACCUAGUGGCAGAUGCAAUAUCAAUGGGGUUUGGAGACUUUGUGUCUGUUAGCUCAGAGCAGGAUGUGAUCAUUGAGGAAAGGAGAGUGACAGAAUGGGAUGUCAUGAAUCAUAGGGGCAAUGAGCAAACAGAGUUAGUCAGAUAUUAUCAAGCUCUUGGGAUGGACUACAACGAUGCAUCCAUGGUUGUGAACAUAUUUACAAAAUACAAAGACGUCCUGGUGGACCAGAGAAUGGUAGCUGACAAAGGAAUGCUGCCAGCAGACCAAGAAGUGAAGCCCUGGAAGAAUGGUCUUGUUACCUUUGCAUCCUUCAUGGUCUUUGGCUCAAUUCCAUUGCUCUCUUUCAUCAUCCUCAUACCAUUUACAGACAGUGACUCUGUUAAGUUUGUGAGUGCUUGCCUUGUUUCUACACUUGGCCUUGCUCUUCUUGGGGUGGCAAAAGCAAGGAUAUCUGGUCAAAACAUGAUGUUCUCCGUGGCUAUCACUGUUUUCAGUGGUGCCAUAGCUGCAGCUGCUGCUUAUUUAGUAGGAUGGUCGCUUAAGCAUAUAGCAUAG